AUGAAUACCUCAAAUUGGACUCAUAAAAAAUAUAACAGCUCACUAAGUCAUUACUUUUGCAAAGAUUACGAGAAUAGAGAUAAGGAAGAUAAUAAUGAGAAUGACGAUAAUGAGGAUGAUAAAGAUGAGGGUAAUAAGGAUGAUUAUGAUAAGGAUGAUGAUAAUAAGGAGGAUCAGAAGGGAAGGACGAUGAAGAUAGAGGCCAAAGAAGCAAAA